CUGCCCUGGGGGCACGGGGGAAGGAAAGCGCAGGUAGUGGGGCCAUCGCCCCAGAGCCAGCCACUUACCUCUUCAGCCCAAAGGGCAGGUAGCAGGUGGAGGCUUGAAGUGGGUCUUGGGAAAGGGCUGGAGAGGCGGAGUCCUCCUUGGCACAGGAGGAGUCCACAGAGGCAGCAGCCUGAGGCGACCUGAAGUGGCCAGCAUCCAGCAGCACCGCGAGAGCGGCUCAGAAAAUGGGGAGCCACAGCCUGGGUUUGCCAGGCCCUGCACUCUUCCUGCUGCUGGUAUUGCCGCCUCCGCUGCUGAGAGCCGGAAGCUUCCUGCACACGAUCAAGGCCUCCAGAGACAUGAAUGAACCCGGUCAGAGCAGGAAAAGCCAACACCACAACCCCCGCCCACAUGGGAAAGUCCUCCAACCCAACAGCGGUCCGAGCCACUAUUUCCCGGAGACCCGGAUAGACGAGUCCAAAAAGUGCCGGAGUAAUUUUGAUCUUUACUUCAUCUUGGACAAGUCGGGCAGUGUGAACAACAACUGGAUGGACAUUUAUGACAUGGUGGAAGAUUUGGUCAAUAAGUUUGACAACCCAAACCAGCGGAUGUCUUUCAUCACCUACUCCACAGAGGGCCACACACUCAUGAAACUCACAUCAGACAGAAAUGAAAUACGUGACAGUCUUGCUGAACUCCAGAAUGUAGUGCCUUCGGGAGCCACAAACAUGCAGGAAGGAUUUAAAAUGGCAAAUGAGCAGAUUGAACAAGAAAACACUAAAGGGAAAAAGAUUCCCAUCGUGAUUAUCUCUCUGACCGACGGAACUCUGCUGCCACAGCCCUUUGAGGAUACCAAGUUCGAAGCUGAAGAGGCUCGGAGACUGGGGGCCACUGUUUACGGCAUUGGUGUAAAAGACUAUAGGAAAGACCAGCUGUUGGAGAUUGCUGACAGCCCAGACCACGUGUUUGCAGUGGACAAUGGAUUUAAGGAUCUACGAAACAUUGUAGGAAAACUCGCAGCUAAGUCUUGUAUUGAUAUUACAAAAGUGGAGCCUUCCUCCUUCUGUGCAGGAGAAAACUAUGAAUUGAUGGUUACUGGAACAGGCUUUAAUAACGCAAAAAAGAAGGAUGAAGUUAUUUGUAAAUUCAUCUUCAGCGAAAAUAAGUCCUUCAGUAAAAAAGCCACCUCUGUGGAGGAAAACACCGUGAUCUGCCCAGGAGUAAAGAUAGAUAAUCCAGAUCAGGUGGUCUUCGUUGAAGUCAGCCUAAAUAAUGGCAUCAACUUCAUCAGCAGCGGUGCUAACAUCACGAGCAAGAACUGCAUGAGCGCCAGGAAUGCGCCAGAACAGAUUCCACUUCCCGUUCCAAAUGUCCCUCUACUACCAGUCCAGCCUGUCACAUCAUCACCACCUAGCAAAACAUAUCUUCCAGAUAUGAACCCUGUCAUCUUGGCUGGGAUCGUCAUAGGCCUGGUCUUAAUCCCGUUUCUUAUCUGGUGCAUCUGGCGAUAUUGCUUCAGAAAGAAAAAGGAGAUACCAGCGGUGCAUAUAAUAGAAAGGGAGCCAGCGAGGAAAUGUAUGGAGACAUGCCCAACAAUGGUGAUCCCCUGUGGGUGCCAGGGAGGUGGAAUAAGACGGAUCGAGGGCAAACUGGAUACCUUGUGUGACUUUGUUCAAAGCUGCAACCAAGUGCCAUUGAUAUGGUGUCAGCCUAAGAGAAAGGGCCGGUGCUUCAACUUCGCCCUAGUGAAGCCCCUCUGCAGGCAGUUGCCCUGCAGCGGGAAGGUCUGCCUUCCGUCCAACCAGGCAUGCUUCCCCAUCAACAGCUGCUACUCACGGUGCCAGCACCCCCUCCCCACGUGCUCCCGGCUCCCCUCCCGGAUGCUGCCGCUGAUCUCUCCCCCUACCCGGGCAGUCUGCGGAACCACUUUGUCACUCCCGCCCCCUUAGCCCAGCCUCUAAUGCACCAAAACCCCCAGAUUAUUAAGAGCCCUUGUGCACUGAAUUAGACAUAUGUAUUGAGUCUUGGUUUGCAGUCAAAGGAGUUGGAAUCUAUUGCUGAUCAGCAAGAGAGUUUGUUACCGGGAGAACAUCGCUACACUGUGUGAGAAGUGUCUAUACUGCUCCUGCCAGGACAGAGCGCCCUGGUGUCUGCUGGAUGCAGACAUGGAUGCCUCCCACCUCCCACAGCCAGCUCUUCAUCGGUCACCAAGGGCUGCAACGCCCGGGGUCUUGGUCAAAUUCUGCUCCUUGAAAAAAAUGCCCCAAUGUCUCUGAAAUAUGAAUGCAAUGCUGUGUUUUGUUCCCUAACUUUGUGCAGAGGGAAA